AUGAAAGCCGAUAGAUGGUUGAAAAUAGGACAUAGUUUUAAUCUUUUAGAAAAAAGAACCAGAUUAUGUCCAAACUCAGUAUGUCAAUGUGAAAAAAAAUUAAAAAUAAUCGAAAAUUGUAAGCGAUGUAAAAAUAAUAUAAAGUGUGAGGCCGAAUACCUGAUAAUAUGUGAUGAUUGUCUUCAUGAAGUAUUAGAGAGAGAGUUUGCUAACUGGUCAAGUGGAAAUUUACUAAUUGACGAAUUUAUUAGAAAAUUACAGCGGUCAUUAUAUUAUACUCGAUACCCUGAACGGAUUCCAUAUAAUUUUUACAUUCGAUAUCCUGAAUGGAUCCCAUAUAAUUUUCUAACCAAAGUAAAAUAUAUUGGUAGAGGCGAAUUUGGUGCAGUGUUUUCUGCAGAAUUGAGCCAAGGAACCAAAAAAAUACAAAAUUUUAAUAAUAAGCAAUAUCACAUUAGAUCAGAUCCCUGUGCAGUUGUUUUAAAGACAUUAAAAGAUAUGAAUCAGCUUUCAACUAUAGAAGUACGUUACCAAGACUUGUUUAAUUGUUGUGGCUCAUAUGGAAUUACCCAAGAUCUUUCAACAUCAGAAUAUAUGCUUGUAGAACCCACAUCUCUAUGUGAUAAUUGUCACCGAAAAGUGCUAAUAGGUGAAUUUUCUAACUGGUCAAGUGGAUGUUUACAAAUUGAUGAAUUUAUUAGAAAAGCGCAGCUAAUAUUACCUUAUGAUCGGUAUCCUGAAUGGAUUCCAUAUGAUUCUUUCACUGAAAUAAAACAUAUAAGAGGCGAAUCUGGUGCUGUAAUUUCUGCAAAAUGGAACCAAGGAGCCAAAAAAAUACAAAUAUUUAAUAAUGAACGCUAUUACAUUCGAUUAGAUCCCUGUGAGGUUGUUCUGAAGAAAUUAAAAGACAUGAAUCAGCUUUCAAUGAUAAAAAUACGCCACCAAGAUUCAUUUUAUUGUUGUGACUUAUAUGGAAUUACCCAAGAUCCUUCAACAUCAGAAUAUAUGCUUGUAGAACCUACAUCUCUAUGCGAUAAUUGCCUCCAUAAAGCAUUAGAAAGUGAAUUAAUUGAUGAGUUUAUUAGAAAAGCACAGUGGUCUUUACCUUAUAACCGGUAUCCUGAAUGGAUUCCAUAUGAUUCUUUCACCGAAAUAAAACAUAUUAGAGGUGAAUUUGGUGCAGUAAUUUCUGCAAAAUGGAGCCGAAGAACCAAAAGAAUACAAAGUUCUAAUGAUGAUCACUAUUAUCUUCGAUCAGAUUUCUGUGCUGUUGUUCUAAAGAAAUUUAUGAAACAGAUUUCGCUUAUAGAAAAGCAGCUUCAAGAUCGAUCUGAAUGUUGUUUAUACGGACUUACCCAGGAUCCUUCAACAUUAGAAUAUAUGUUUGUAGAACCUUCAUAUCUAUGCGACAGUUGUCGUCAUAGAAUAUUAGUAAGUGAGUUUUCUAACUGGUCGAGUGGAAAUUUAAUAAUUGAUGAAUUUAUUAGAAAAACACAGCAGUUGCUGCCUUAUGAUCGGUAUCCUGAAUGGAUUCCAUACGAUUCUUUCACCGAAAUAAAAAAUAUUAGAGGUGCAUUUGGUGCAUUAGUUUCCGCGAAAUGGAGCCAAGGUGCCAAAAAAAUACAAAGUUCUAGUAAUGAGUGCUAUUACAUUCGAUCAUGUCCCUGUGCGGUUUUUCUAAAGAAAUUUAUGAAACAGUCUUCUUUACUUGCAGAAAAGCAGCUUCAAGAUCGAUCCGAUUGUUGUUGUUUAUAUGGAAUUACCCAGAAUCCCUCAACAUUAGAAUACAUGUUUGUAGAACCUGCAUAUCUAUGCGGCAGUGCCAAAAAAAUACAAAGUUCUAGCAAUGAACGCUAUUACAUUCGAUCAGAUCCUUGUGCGGUUAUUCUAAAGAAAUUUAUGAAACAGUCUUUACCUACAGAAAAGCAGCUUCAAGAUCGAUCUGAAUGUUGUUGUUUAUACGGACUUACCCAGGAUCCUUCAACAUUAGAAUAUAUGUUU